UUCAUGUUUUGUAUGUCAUGUGACACCUCUCAGAUUCAAGAUGUCUUCUUCUCAGUUCCUUCUAAACAAAAUUGAUGAACUGCAAAGACGUUUACUAGCUGAGAACCGCUCUCAUGAUGCAGACAGGAAUAACCGUAAUGCUGAAACAGGAUCCCCUAGUCCAAGGCGACCCAGAAUGUUGGGUACAGGCAUGGGACCCUCCGAGAGCAAUUUUCUAAUGCCAAAUGGUGCCCGGUCAAGCUCAGCACCGUCCUCAGGCCGACGCAGACCGAACAUGGGAAUGCAGCUGGACUGCUCCUCCAGGUCUCCGCUCAGAGUGGUGCCAGACAGUGCGGAGACUGAUCAAAAGAUUGAAGAAAUUAUGAAACAGUCUGGCAUUCUUACAUUUGGAUCUCAAAGAAUUCUCAGCAAUGUGGAGGAUCUGCAGCCAGAGGGAGAACUAGGUCACGGCACGUGUGGUCAGGUGACCCGCAUGCGACACAAGCCCACCAAUCAUCUGAUGGCUGUCAAGCAAAUGCGCCGUUCAGGCAACAAAGAGGAGAACAAAAGAAUCAUCAUGGACCUGGACGUGGUCAUCAAGAGCCACGACUGUCCCUACAUCGUCCAGUGCAUCGGCACCUUCAUCACAAAGAGUGAAGUCUGGAUCUGCAUGGAGCUGAUGGCAACCUGUCUGGACAAACUGCUCAAGAGAACUCGCCGACCGGUGCCGGAGAACAUACUCGGGAAAAUUGUUGUGGCGACAGUGAAUGCUUUGCACUACCUCAAGGAAAGGCAUGGUGUUAUACACAGAGAUGUGAAGCCGUCCAAUAUUUUGCUCGACGACAAAGGCAACGUGAAGCUGUGUGACUUUGGCAUCAGUGGGCGACUGGUUGAUUCCAAGGCCAAGACACGAAGUGCAGGAUGCGCAGCAUAUAUGGCUCCUGAACGUAUUGAGCCUCCGGACCCAACUCGGCCAGAUUACGACAUCAGAGCAGACGUGUGGAGUCUCGGAAUAUCAUUGGUGGAGUUGGCGACGGGAGAGUUUCCUUACAAAAAUUGCAAGACGGACUUUGAGGUCCUGACGAAGGUGUUGCAGGAGGAGCCCCCACAGCUGGGCCCCGAGUUCACAGACGAGCUGCGCUCCUUUGUCAAAGACUGCUUAACAAAAGAUUGCAAGAGACGACCAAAAUACAAGAAGCUACUCGAACAUCCCUUAAUCAAGAAGUCGGAGUCUGAACAUGUUGAUAUUGCUGCCUGGUUUGCUGAUGUAUCUCGACUCAUGGAAAUGAACAGACCUUCAUGACAGGUGUGAGACAUCUAAGCUGUUCCUUCAAGCCAGCAUAACAGGGGAAGGGAGGAGGGAGGGCAAGGGGGAGUGGGGGGAGAGGUGGUGCCAUGCUAGGCAUCAGGAGAGUUUCAUGAAGGGCUCGCUGCCACUUCUCUCUCUCUUUCUCUCUCUCUCUCUCUCUCUCUGUCUCUCUCUCUUCGGGUUAAUUCUCCUCUCUUUAUCUCAAUCGGAACAAGGGUCAGAAGUUCAAAUGCAGCUCAUUUUGGUUUAAAAAAACCCAUGUCGGCCGGAUGAUGUGGGUUCUCUGAGGGUGCGGUGGUUCCCUUUGCCGCCUCAUGGAGUGCGUUAUUGGGAGAAGAAAUGUGGGGUGAUGAUGGCCGUAUUUUCUUUCAUUCUGUGUUUGGAGCACAUUGAUUUUUUUACUAAUGAAGAAUGCUAAAUGAGCUUCUCCCUUCACGCUCUUCUGACUAGACUAGAAAGCCUUGUUGGCCCUUUGUGGCAGAAGGAGGUGAUUGUAAAAAAAUAAAAAGCGCUAGGGGCGAGUGCUGUGCUGUGUUGCGCUGCGCUAAUCACUUACGCCGAAAGUUGUGGUCAGGAUGUGGUGAGUUGCCUCGUAAGCUGAGGGGUUGAUGUUCUUCAAGCGUCAUACGCCGAACUCUGUAACUGUUCUGUAAUGUCAGAGUUCCCCAAGUUGUUAAAAUGAGGUGUCGAGGUGGACGUACUGACGGUAAAAAAAAA